UGCAAUUCCUCGCAUUCUGGGCGUGUUUUUAUUUCAGCUCCAUUUUUGUCUACGCCGAUACUAUGCGAUCCUGACCCUAUCACCCAUUCAGAAAAAGUUCCGUUGUAGAAGGCACCUCAGCCAGCGUCCUUGAUUCUUUUUUUUUUCUCCUUCCUCCAGAGACGGAGACAAAGCAACUCUCGUCGCAGCGACACCUUUGCUCGCUGAACAUCUUCUCAUUUUUCCUACGAAUUCCCUUCUUCUGUACCUACCAACCAUGUCUCUCUUCGGGUCUACGAAUAAAGCGAGUCCGUUUGGAAGCUUGAACCUGAAUACAGGAAAUCAACAAGGGGGCGGUCUAUUUGGGUCUACGCAGAACCAACAGAGCUCUAGCACAGGAGGAGGGUUGUUUGGUUCCAAUGCCACGUCUCAGCCUUCACAGACCGGUAGCAUUUUUGGGUCUACGACAGCGACACCAACGUCGAACCAGCCACAGGCCGGUGGUGGUGGGCUAUUUGGGUCUUUGAACACUCAGCAGAAGCCGCAGGGUAGUCUAUUUGGGGGACUAGGAGGACAACAACAGCAGCAGCAACCGCAACAGCAGACAGGCGGAGGGUUUUUUAGUGGUCUCGGAACAAACACACAGCAGCAACAACAACAGCCCCAGCAACAGACUGGUGGAUUGUUCGGUGGUCUCGGUGCCAGUACAACACAGCAACAGCAACCUCAACAGACGGGCUUGUUCGGAGGUUCCCUACUAGGCGGUCAACAGCAGCAGCAGCAGCAGGCGCAACAGCAGCCUCAACUGGGCCAGAGCACGUUGCAACAACAGAAUAUGGGAUCGAGCAUAUGGUCUCCAGGCCGUGCGAUCACAGGAGUUCAUCGGACCGUGCCAAUGCAAAUGACCAUCGUCAAGGAGAAAUGGGACCCGACUAUCUUUUCUUCCCCCUUUAGAACAUAUCUUUAUAACAACGUCGGCGAGGACUCGGCACCAUUCUACCAGCCUGGUUACAACGACGAUGAAACGAAAUGGGAAGAGGCUUUACGGAAGAGACCUGGUCCAGGACACGUCCCCGUUCUGGUGAGAGGAUUCCUUGAGCUCGGAAAACGAGCACAGAGACAAAAGGACUUCCUUGCCGUGAUGCAGACCCGACUUCACGAAAUCAACAAUUGUCUUACCGACCUGCUAUCUCGUCAUGAUUUGAAAAUCUCCGUGCGAAUUGCCGACGCUCGUCGGAAACAUCUCGUGCUAAGCAAACGGUGUCUGUCGCUAGCUGCGAAGACGCAGGUAUUGAGGAACAGAGGCUACGCCAUGGACGACGUAGAAGAGGAACUCAAGAAGAAGCUCGCUCAACUAGAACGCUCCGUUUUCGACCCGUCCCUGAACGGACGCGCGGAGGAGAUCUGGGCCAGGAUGCUGGCUAUUCGGGAGGGAUCGAAGCGUCUGCAAAUCGAAGUGGAAAAGGCUGGGCCCAGCGCGGCACUACAGGGUGAGGGAGAAGUGAAUGAGGAGGUUCUGAAGAAGGUUAAGAAGAUCCUGGAUGACUACAACUCCCAGAUUCAAUGCUUGCAAAAGGAACUAGAAUCAGUCAAGAAGGACCUCGAGGACUCGCUGAAGUCCCCGGAUCGUUAGGGCAUGAAGUCGGAAGGCUUUACUUGAUAGUUACUCCAAUUAUCUGCUAUGUGAUAUGCUUUUUUCCCCUUGUUCUAUUUAAUGGGACCGGCCAUUUGGUGCUUGACACUGUUUGCAUUACGGAGAAAGGGUGUUUUAUUUAUUUUCUUCUCUUCUUGGAGCUCUAGCAAAUAAUUUGACCAG